AUGCCGUCGAACCCGUGCUACACAUCCAACAAUGGUGCUGGAGCCAUAUAUUGCUUUUCCACGAACAGACCCGCAGCAGACGAGUUGGUUGGUAUCAAAAUGGUGGAUCUUUUGGACCACAACAACCGGAUUGAUCGGUGCAUCUUCCACUCCAAGAAGACAGGUCAGAACGAAGUCUUGGUUUGGACUUUCAAGAACGGCACCAUGCUGGCACCAAAACAAGCAGCGUUGCUCCAUGGGUUCUGGAAAGAAAAUGAUGCCAUUGUGAGUCAUUUUGCUUCGACUGAUCGCAAGUUUGCAAUAAUCAAAACAAUCCACGAUACGGAGAUUCUUGUUGUAUUGGCUUGCCAGCACUCCAAGUUUCAUGUUGAGCCUUCGCCUCCAAGCAAUGGCCAUGCUCAGGUUUGCCAUCGCCCUACGCAAUUGGGGAUGACGGAUGUCAUUUCCGAGUUGCAGGCUACCUUUGGACCCGAAAACACCACUGCUAGUGAUGAAGGAACGACUUCAGUUGCCAUUGACCUUGUUACCCCAGGAAGCAAUACUACUGGAGGACGCCCAAGCGGAGGCAGUGAAUUCACGUUCGAAUCUGUUUCUCCAACGAGCAACUUGGAGUGA